AUGACUCUCCUGACCCUCCUGGAAAAUAUUCCCACCCAAUACCAAAGAAACAAUUGUGCUAAAAGACUUGGUGGUUUACCAAGUGCCGGUGGACAGGGUAACGAAGAGUUCAAGAGAGAAUGCGAAGACAGAAAAAACCACCAGAUCAUCCAAAGAAACCAACUUUCCACCGCCACUAAACAGAGCCCUACUAACGUAAUAAUGGAAUUGUUGAACGAAUGGUUUACCAACAUCGAUGAUCUAAACAUCGAUGACAAAAUAUCCCAACUACAAAACCAAGCAAACCACACCCCGAUAAAUAAUGACGAUUUGAACAACAUUUUGCCUAAUAAUGACAGUUCACGAAUCAUUGAUCUUAUUCAACAAAUAAAGUCUACGGACUCCUCAUAUACAUUAAAGGACAUUAGAGACUCCAACAAUGCUUUAUUGACGGAAUCUCGUCUUAUUGAUUUUGUUAAUGACAAGAUUGAAUUGGUAGAGUACAAGGACCAUUUGGCGGAAUGCAAUACUUUGGUCGAUGAGAUCAUUAACGUUGAAAUCAAUGAGAACGAUCAAUUCAACCGCAGUUUCUUCUUUGAAUCAGAUAUUAAUGUAUUGACACAGUUAUUAAUCAAAAUAGUUGGUCUCACGCAGAAGAUCAAGAAUCAGGAUAUCGAUACUACAAAACAGAACCAAUUAAUAGAUUUGAUGGUUGGCAAGCUCAAUGAAAAAGUGUUAAAAGUGAAAGGAAUAUUCAUCAAGUUAUUGAAGAAACUCAUUGAAGAUUCUGAUUGGACAGAAGCUAUUGUGGUCAAUACAAGUUUGCUAGAAGAUAUUAUCAACUGCUGCCGAAACUUUAAUGCAUUACAGAACCUUUACUUGAUUUCUAAUCAUUUAAACCAGAACUCUCAGGACAACGGAAGCAAUAAUUUGAAACAAUUAUUAGAAAUUAAACAGCAGCCCAGCGAAAUUUGGGCCAUCGAAAUCAUUUUACAACCGAUUAUCACAAAGUUUAUUUUCCAUUUUUACCAAAAAAGUUUGACAAACAAAUUAAACCAACCAGAAUUGGCGAUUGAAUAUUUCCUAAAUUAUUUGGACAAUGAUUCAUUUCUUGUCAAGAUGUCAGAAUAUUUUAACAAUGGCUUCAAAACCGACAAUGACAAACUUUCAGAAAUCACAAAAUCCUUGGAUGUCGAGCUAAUUGACCAACAGCGAUCAAUGCCAAUCGAAGUUACAAAAGUGCUUAAUAAGUUUUUAAAAAUCAAGUUCAUUAAUGAUGUCAAGGCCAAUAAUCAUGUUUAUUUUAGUAAUUCAAGCAAUUCUAGAUUGUUUAGUAACUUGCUCUACCAAUUGAACAAAUACCAAUCGAAAAUCUUUGAACUAUUUUAUUACGAGGAACAAGAUUCGAAUUUGAUUAUCGAGAUUUUGAUCCACAAUAAUAAUUGGCAGAAUUGGAUUCGCCUAGAAUCGAACCAUCUUAUGAAAACUUUCAAUGACAAAUUCCCGGCAAGCUUAGGAAUGGGGGUCACAAAACAUUCGGCACAAAAGAGUGAUAUUUCAAAGAGAGAAGUAUUGCCGGUCAAUGAAGAGAGUCUAAUGUCCGAAGAGAUCUUCUCUAUCGAUUUCAACAUUGUUAAGGCCAAUUAUUUGAAGCCGACAAAGAUUUCUGUGAGUUUUUUGAACUUGAUCAAAAAUUUGAUCGAGUUCAAUAUUAUGAACUUGAGAAUUCCAAUGAUCUUGAAGGUCAAGUUACUCAAACAAUUAAUUUUCAAGAUCUUGGACAUGUAUCAUGAGAAAUUCCUGAAACUAUUAAGAAAUUCCAAAGUCAUCAAUAACAACAGCGGGGCCAACAAUUAUCUUAAUAAUUUGAUUUCUGAAUCGGUUAAAACAUUUGGUAAUCCAGUUAAAGAAAAUGGUAAAACAGUGGUCAAGAAAAAUGAAGAAGAUGGGGAUAUCUUGAACGAAAUCAGAGUAUUGAGCAAAAUCUAUUGUUCUAUAAAGUAUGUGAUUAUAAAAUUGCAAUCGUACGACCAGCAUGUGGAGUUCAUCAAGAUGUACGACUAUUUAAACCAAAACCUACGUACCAAUGAAAAAAAUGGGAAUUUCCAGAUGUUACUCAAAGAAUUAGAAUUGAAUGAUCGUGAACUUUACGAGAUUAUUUCCAUGACAGAAACUACCAAUGAUAGAUCAAUUUUUAGAUGUAAAGUUGCCAAGUUUGAUAAAAUGAUUGAUGAAAUUUUAGUCACGUUAAAUAAUUUCCUCAAAAAAAGUUUAAAGAUUUAUUUGAACAAUUUUUUGAAUUUAUCUGCAUAUUGGCAAGGUAUAGAUACGACGGGGGGUGGCGAUAAUGAUGAUGACGAUAUUACUGAUGAUGCGGAUGGUUGGGGAUUCGAUGAUGAAUUGAAAGAUGAAUUGGAUAUUCCUGUGGGGGCUUCUGCCAAUGCGGGCGAGAACGAGCUUUCCAAAUUGACUUUCCAAAAUAUCGAGACUUUUGAGGACUUUAUUAGUUAUGGUUUCCGAUUACCAGGCAAUGAAAUGUUGAAGUUAACAAUUACCAAAGAGUUGGAGAAACCACUAAAUAUUCUCAUUAAUCAAUUGAGGUUUUUAAGAAGAUGUUUUGGACCAAAUUACUUGAAUACUUUGAGCGAUUAUAAAAUAGUGGAGUUCCAAUUAUUGGAUAAUGUGAAAUAUUAUUUCCACUCAUACAUUAUCAAAAUCAACAAAUUCAGUUUGCAAGGGAUCAUUAAUUUGAAGUUUGACUUUUUGAUGAUGUUGAAGAAGAUAAGUAAAUUGGAUACUGAGAGCGGGCAAUUUGCUGAGGCAAUCAACUAUCGUGAUUAUGAAAACAUUUCGCAGCAAUUUUUCUUGAUGAACAUUGUUGAUUGUUGCAAUGUCUUGAUGGUUAACCAACGCAAUUUUUCACACUUUGUGAGCUCUACAGUCGCCAAUGGUAACUACAGGGAAGAGUUUCAAAGUUUCAGAAAUGCCCAGGACUUCACAAAGUUGAGAAAGUUCUUGAGUGUUAGAAGUCUCGGUGAUGAUGAACUUUAUGAUUUGGUGAGCAGAAUUGUGUAA